CAAAUUUUUCUCGAGCGGCACAGCGGCUGUGAAGUUUUGCAGAUAUCGGCCUUUCUUCGGAGCUCAAGUUUUUUGUUCCUUGACGAGAGGUUCGAAUGGAGGAAGACGGCGGAGCCGGCGAUCGCUCAAGCUUCGUGAUUGGUCUAAUUGAGAAUAGAGCAAAGGAGGUUGGUAUGGCUGCAUUUGAUUUGAGAUCGGCAUCAUUGCAUCUUUCUCAGUACAUCGAAACAAGCUGUUCUUAUCAAAACACAAAGACACUGUUGCUCUUUUAUGAUCCUAUGACAAUAAUAGUUCCUCCUGUUAAGCUGGCUCCAGAUGGCAUGGUUGGGGUUUCAGAGCUAGUAGAUAAGCAUUAUCCAUCAAAUAGGAAGAUAACAGUACCUCGUGGUUGCUUUGAUGAUACCAAGGGUACUGUGUUGGUGAGAAAUCUAGCAGCUAAAGAGCCAUCUGCCCUGGGUUUAGAUAGUUACCACAAGCAGUAUUAUCUAUGCCUAGCUGCUGCUUCUGCUACUAUUAAAUGGAUUGAAGAAGAGAAAGGCGUUAUUGUGACAAGCCACUCGUUGUCGGUUUCAUUUAAUGGCUCAUUUGACCACAUGAAUAUUGAUGCUACGAGUGUCCACAACUUGGAAAUUAUUGAGCCGUUAUGCUCUGAAGUUUGGGGUACUAGCAACAAAAAAAGAAGUCUCUUUCAAAUGUUGAAGACGACAAAAACAGUUGGAGGAGCUAGACUACUUCGGGCGAACUUACUGCAGCCUCUGAAAGAUAUUGGAACUAUCAAUGCUCGUUUAGAUUGCUUGGAUGAGCUAAUGAGCAAUGCAGAGCUAUUUUUCGGCCUUGUCCAAGUGCUUCGUAAAUUUCCAAAAGAGACUGAUAAGGUACUUUGUCACUUCUGCUUCAAGACAACAAAAGUCAAUGGAGAAGCUCUUAAAUCUGCCACUGCUAGGAAAAGUCAAAUGCUGAUAUCGAACAUUAUCAUUCUCAAGACUGCAUUAGAUGCUUUACCUCUUCUCUCAAAGGUUCUUAAGAAUGCGAAGAGUUGCCUACUCUGCAAUAUUUACAAGUCAGUCUGUGAAAAUGAAAAGUACACACAAAUGAGAAAGAGAAUUGGAGAUAUUAUUGACGAAGAUGUGGUGCAUGCUAGGGCUUCUUUUGUUUCAUGUACGCAGCAGUGCUUUGCCAUUAAAGUUGGUGUCGAUGGGCUUCUUGAUGUUGCACGUCGUUCCUUUUGUGAUACCAGUGAAGCUAUACAUGAACUCGCAAACAAAUAUCGGAAGGAAUUUAAUUUGCAGAAAUUAAAGAUUCCUUUCAACAAUAGACAAGGAUUUUACUUUAGCAUUCCACUGAAGGAAAUUAAUGGAAAGCUGCCGGAAAAGUUUAUUAAGUGUCAGGUCAUGAGAAAUGGGAAAAAUAUACAUUGCUCAAGUUUCGAACUUGCUUCUCUAAACGUAAGAAACAAGUCUGCAGCAGCUGAAUGUUUCAUGCGGACAGAGAUGUGUUUGGAAGGAUUGAUUGAUGCAAUAAGAGAGGAUAUUUCCUUACUAACAUUGCUUGCAGAGAUUAUAUGCCUUCUAGAUAUGAUCGUGAAUUCUUUUGCACACAUGAUAUCGACCAAGCCUCCUGAAUGUUAUUCAAGGCCAGAAUUCACUGCAAGUGGGCCUAUGGCAAUUGAUGCUGGCAAACAUCCUAUCGUAGAGAACUUGCGUAGUGAUUUUGUAGUUACGUUUUUCUUUCACACUCAUAGUCACUAUAUUUAUUUGAUUCCUUUUUCCAAACAUAACCUAUUGCGAUUGAUAGAGAAUUUUUAUAUGCAGCCUAACAAUCUUUUCCUUUCUGAAGUGUCAAAUGUGGUGAUAGUCAUGGGUCCAAACAUGAGUGGAAAAAGUACUUAUCUUCAACAAGUUUGUCUUCUGAUCAUUCUUGCACAAAUUGGUUGCUAUGUUCCUGCUCGUUUUGCAUCCAUAAGGGUAGUUGAUCGCAUGUUUACACGGAUUGGCAGUGGAGACAACGUUGAAUAUAACACAAGCACAUUUAUGAACGAAAUGAAAGAGACAUCUUUCCUCAUGCAAAAUGUCACAGCAAGGAGUCUUAUUGUCAUUGAUGAACUUGGAAGGUCUACUUCUACCUUUGAUGGGUUUGCAAUAGCAUGGAGCUGCUGUGAAUAUCUUCUCUCUCUGAAGGCUUAUACUAUUUUUGCAACACAUAUGGAAGCUUUAUCUGAGAUUGCAGACAUAUAUCCAAAUGUAAAGGUCCUCCAUUUUGAAGUUGACUUGAGGAACAACCACUUAGAUUUUAAGUUUCAUCUGCGGGAUGGGCUGACUCACGUACCACACUAUGGCCUUUUAUUGGCUGGAGUUGCUGGUCUGCCUGCUUCAGUGGUCAAAACGGCAAGAGACAUCACUGCUAGGAUCACAGAAAAGGAUUCAAAGAAGAUGACGAACAACUGUGAGGAGUAUCACCCUUUGCAAAUGGCGUACAGGGUUGCCCAAAGGCUGGUUUGCUUGAAAUAUUCCAACCAAGGCGAGGAUGAUAUAAGAAGGGCUUUGGAAAAUCUUAAAGAGAGUUAUAAUGAGGGUAGGUUUACAUUUUGAUUUCCUUUUUCUGAAGUUUGUCUAUAGUAAGAUGACUAAAAUUUGACUUGUAUAGCUUUUUUAUCUAUAUUCAUGAAAUUUUAAACAAACAAGCAAUGCCAUUUCUUUUCUUUUU